AUGGCUGCAAGCUUCGUUCGUACAAGCCUCAUCACCACAGACUCAUCCUCAACCGUCGGCAGUAUGGUUUCCGAAUCACCGGCCCUCAGCGCAGGCCACUCAGAUGCUGCUUCUGGCACCGGAACGCCGAACUCCUCCCCUCCCGCUUCUAGGCCUCGCAGCCCCGAGCUGAAGCAUCACGAAUCGCUGGAUGCCUCAGAUCUGGAGCCCCUUGAGCCAUUGAACGUCAAGAACGUUUGCUUCGUUGGCGCUGGUUUUGUUGGUGGCCCUACUGCGGCUUUGAUCGCACUUCACAACCCCGACCUCACCGUGAACGUCGUGGACCUCAAUGCCGACCGUAUCGCCGCAUGGAACUCUCCACAUCUCCCUAUCCACGAGGCUGGACUUCCCAAGAUCGUCCGCAUCUCUCGUGAUGGUACCAAUGAGGCGACAGCCUUCCUCCCCUCAGUCAGCAACUCCGUGAAGAUUGCUCCUCGCAAGCCGAACCUCACCUUCACAACCGACGUUCAGCGAUGCAUCGGCGAAGCAGACAUUGUUCUCAUUUGCGUCAACACGCCUACUAAGACCUACGGACUCGGUGCCGGCUACACUGCCGACCUGAGCGCUCUGGAAGGAGCGUCUGAGACUGUCGCCAAGUAUGCAAAGGAUGGUGCUGUCAUUGUUGAGAAGAGCACAGUACCUACGGGUACUGCUCGCAUGAUUCGCGAAAUUAUGGCCCAGUACCAGCCCGACGCCGAAUUCGAGAUUGUCUCGAACCCCGAAUUCCUUGCCGAGGGAACCGCAGUGCGCGACCUUAUGCACCCCGACCGCAUUCUGAUCGGCAGCUCUACCACUCCUGCUGGCAUUCGGGCUGCCAACGCCCUCAAGAGCGUUUACGCCGCCUGGGUUCCCGAGCAGAAAAUUUUGACCGUCAACACUUGGUCCAGCGAGUUGACCAAGCUGGUAGCCAACGCAAUGCUUGCUCAGCGUAUCAGCAGCAUCAACAGCAUCAGUGCUCUCUGCGAGGAGCUCGGUGCCGACGUGCAGGAGAUUAGCCAGGGUAUCGGCGCGGACACUCGCUUGGGCAAGAAGUUCCUCCACGCAGGUGUUGGAUUCGGUGGUUCUUGCUUCGAGAAGGAUAUCCUCAACCUGGCCUACAUGGCCCGUACUCUCCACUUGGACACCGUCGCCGACUACUGGAUGGGUGUCCUUGAUAUCAACAAGUACCAGCGUGAGCGUUUUGCCCAGAAGGUUCACCGCGCUCUCAACGGCAACCUGCGCCGCAAGAAGGUGGCCAUCCUCGGAUUUGCCUUCAAGGAGAACACCAACGAUACCCGCAACAGUAUUGCUGUGCACAUCAUCACUGAGCUGGCUCACGAGAUGCCCAACGAAAUCGCCAUCUUCGACCCUGGCUGUGACCCUGUCGAGGUGAUGGAGGAGGUUCGUCAGUCCAUUCCAGACGAGCGUGUCGUUGAGCGUGUCAAGGUCCACACCAACUGGAGAGAUACCGUCCACGGCUCGAGUGCGAUCUGUAUUCUUACCCCCUGGUACCAUUUCCGGUACCCGAAGCAGGCCCAGACUACUGCUCGUCGCUCGUCUGUCUGGAGCAGCCCCGAGGCGUCCCGCGAAGAGGCCAAGGCUUUCAUCAAGGAUACUCUGUCCGAGAUGGACAUUGUCGAACUUGAGAAAUUUGUUUCUCGCACCAGCACCAACUCGCCGACGGAUCCAUUGAAGCGCAUGAAGGCCGAGGCUGAGUGUCAGGAAGGCUGCAAGGGUUGCAACUUCGAUGCCGCCAACGAAGACUUGGGCGACCCGGUGGACUGGGAGUGGGCAGCGUCGGUCAUGAAGCGCCCUCGUCUUGUGCUCGAUGGGCGUAACGUCGUCUCCGUUCCCGACCUUGAGAAGCUUGGGUUCCAGGUCCAGGGCAUCGGCAAGGGACUGGUCAUCUAA